UUGUUUAAAAAAAACAUAUUUCUAACUAAAAUGACUAACUACUGGCGAGAAGUUGGUUUAAAUUAUAUACAAUAUUCGAAUAUUUGUGCCAAAGUUGUGCGUCAAGCCCUCCGAGCUGAUUUGCGAGCAGAUGCAGUUAAACGUGAUGUUAGUCAUGUCAAAUUUACUCAAUGGAAAGAUGGUAAACCAGUAGCCAAACAAGAAGCCGAAAGUGGUGUAAAGAAAUAAAUACAUAAUUUUGUAUUUGAAUAUAAAAAUGUGUAGAAAACUUUAAUAAUAAAUAAAUAAACUUUUUAAAGGAUAA